GACACUUCGCGGUUCACACCAUGCCCUGGAUUUUGGGAGGGCAUCGAGAAGUCGCAGUCGCAGCGAUCCUUCCUUCUUGACGAUGAGGGGAUUUUAUGCCGGUUCAGAUGAUGGUGGUGAUGAAACGGUGUACGAGGCCAGAGAUACAUAGGGUCCUCCAUGCCGGGUGCCGAUGCCAGCGGCUCUAGGGCUCUCUCAUCUGGGAAGCGGCUUGCCUGCAGUUAACAAGAGCACAGAUGCGGAGGAUUUUGGUGCCCGUGGAACGCCAGUGCUCCUUUGUGGGAAGGGGGAAGAUGGGGAAACAGACCACCUUGGGUUUUUCCGCCGAGUCCAAGCUGCAGGAAGCGCUGAAUGCUGCCGUUGUUGGCCAUCAGGGUUGUGUCAAUGCCAUUGCAUGGAACGCCAAAGGCUCACUUUUAAUUUCUGGUUCAGAUGACACUAGAUUGAGGGAGAUACUUCUCAGGAUAGGAUAUGAUGGAAGGCAUGCGAACAGAGUAGACGAGGAGACGGGAUGGAUGUAUGACAUAUUGUUUAGAUAUUUUAGGAGUGUUGUAAAGACAUUUGUUUCCUUAUGAGUCUUUUCUUUAUUUGUUUGGGGUUAACUCACCCUAAAUCAUGUGAUUGUUGUAAUUGUUUUAGUAGGGUAGUUUUGUGAGUAACAUCCGAGAGGAUUUUAUCUUUUAAAGCCCUUUCAAUGCUAAGUGUAUAAUUAAGUCCUUCUAACUGUAACUCUAAGUUUUUUUUCCUUUUCUUGGGAUUGUAGCAUUUGAUGGGUAUCUUGAGGCAUAUAGUUGGAUAGAAUGA